UUGAUCGUAUGCUUCACAGGUGCCAUUGAAUUCGUGUGAAUGGUUUGAUUUCGCGCCUCAAAUUUAAUCAUGCCCUGUGAACUUAUCACGCUUCAGCUUGGACAAUGCGGUAAUCAAGUUGGAUUUGAGUUCUGGAAGAAGCUAUGUCGCGAGCACGCGAUUACACCGGAUGGCAUUCUUCUCCCGCAAGCUUCAGAGAGCAAAGCCCUCGAUCGGAAAGAUGUAUUCUUCUAUCAGGCUGACGAUAAUCAUUACAUCCCCCGAGCUGUGUUGCUGGAUUUGGAACCUCGAGUGAUCAACAGUAUAAUGUACUCAGAAUACCAGAAGCUUUAUAACAAGGAGAACGUUUUUCUACCGGCUGAAGGAGGUGGCGCGGGAAAUAACUGGGCUGCCGGUUACGGCUUAGGCGAGAAAUCGUACGAAGCAAUUUUUGAAAUAUUGGACCGUGAAGCAGAAGGGUCUGACAACUUGGAAGGAUUCUUCGUUUGCCAUUCUAUAGCGGGCGGAACGGGUAGUGGUAUGGGCUCAUUCGUUUUAGAAAAACUGAAUGAUCAUUUCCCGAAAAAGCUCGUGAAAACCUAUUCGGUUUUUCCGAGUCAAGAUGAGUCGUCUGAUGUCGUUGUUCAGCCGUACAACUCGAUUCUGACUCUCCGUCGCUUGGCAGAAAAUGCCGAUUGCGUGACUGUUCUUGACAACCUAGCUCUGAAUAAGAUUGCAGAAGAUAGGCUGCAUAUUUUGAAUCCCACCUUUGUUCACAUCAACAAUAUGGUCUCCACAAUAAUGUCUGCUUCAACGGCGACAUUGCGAUAUCCGAGCUUCAUGAACAAUGAUCUGAACGAAUUGAUUGCCCCUCUUGCACCGUUGCCUUUGUUGCAUUUCUUGAUGACGGGUUACACUCCGUUGUUCGGUGAGACGGAAGAGGGCGUGUCGAGGAAAACAACUGUUUUGGAUGUUCUAAGACGACUUCUCCAGCCUAAGAACAUGAUGGUUUCUACGAGUAAAUCCAAAAACUCGCGAGUGGAACACUGUUACAUCAGUGCCAUGGCCAUUAUUCAAGGGGAUAUCGACCAUUCUCAAGUGCACAAAAGUCUGAACCGGAUCCGUGAGAAAAAAAUGGCGAAGUUCAUUCCAUGGGGUCCGGCAGGUCUCCAAGUUUCCGUGUCUCGUCGCUCGCCCUUCGUGGAAUCAACUAACCGAGUAUCUGGGCUGAUGCUCGCUAAUAAUUCGUCAAUCGUUUCCUUGUUCGAACGAACUCUGCAACAAUUCGACAAGUUGAUGAACAAGCAAGCUUUCCUGGAUCAGUUUAAGCGACAGGCAGUAUUUGAAGAUAACUUGUCGGAAUUUACUGAAUCGCGAGAAGUCGUUCAGAAACUUGUCAAUGAGUACAUUGCUGCCACAAGUGCGGACUACUUGACUCCCGUCACCGACCCAGCCGACGAUUACCUCUUGAAACAAGCCGGAAGCUGA